AGAAAGUUCUAUUCUUGGGAUGAGUGCAUGAACUUGAGAGAAGUUAAGUCUCUGAAGAAACUUAAUCAUGCCAAUGUUAUUAAAUUGAAAGAAGUUAUCAGAGAAAAUGACCAUCUUUAUUUUAUAUUUGAAUAUAUGAAAGAAAACCUCUAUCAAUUAAUGAAAGACAGAAACAAGUUGUUCCCUGAGUCAGUCAUCAGAAAUAUUAUGUAUCAAAUAUUGCAAGGGCUGGCUUUUAUCCAUAAACAUGGUUUUUUUCAUAGGGACAUGAAACCAGAAAACUUGCUUUGUAUGGGCCCAGAGCUUGUGAAAAUUGCUGAUUUUGGACUUGCGAGAGAAUUAAGGUCCCAGCCACCGUACACUGAUUAUGUCUCUACCAGAUGGUAUCGUGCCCCUGAAGUUUUACUGAGAUCUUCAGUUUAUAGUUCUCCCAUUGAUGUGUGGGCUGUUGGAAGUAUCAUGGCUGAACUCUAUAUGUUAAGACCGCUUUUCCCAGGGACAAGUGAGGUCGAUGAAAUCUUUAAAAUUUGCCAAGUUUUAGGGACUCCCAAAAAAAGUGACUGGCCAGAAGGAUACCAGCUGGCAUCCUCUAUGAACUUCCGUUUUCCCCAGUGUGUUCCUAUAAACUUAAAAACUCUCAUUCCCAAUGCCAGUAAUGAAGCUAUUCAGCUCAUGACCGAAAUGUUGAAUUGGGACCCAAAGAAACGACCAACAGCAAGCCAGCCCUGCUUUGUAGUGGAAGUGGAAAGACCUAAUUUAGGGGGAGAGAAGCCAAAUGGCACACUGAGUCAUAAAAGUGGUAGGAGGCGUUGGGGUCAGACUGUCUUCAAGUCUGGAGACAGCUGGGAAGAGAUGGAGGACUAUGAUUUCGGAGCCUCCCAUUCCAAGAAGCCAAGCAUGGGUGUUUUUAAAGACAAAAGGAAAAAAGAUUCUCCAUUUCGGCUUCCAGAGCCAGUACCCUCAGGCGCCAGCCACUCGACAGGGGAAAACAAGAGCUUACCUGCGGUUAUUUCCCUAAAAUCUGAUUCCGAAUUGUCAACUGCUCCAACCUCUAAACAGUACUACUUGAAACAAUCAAGAUAUCUUCCAGGUGUGAAUCCCAAGAACGUGUCCUUGAUGGCCAGUGGAAAGGAAAUAAACCCCCAUACUUGGAACAACCAGUUAUUCCCCAAGUCACUGGGACCCAUUGGGGCAGAACUCGCUUUCAAAAGGAGCAAUGCAGAAGAAAGCAUAAUUAAACCAAUCGAAAAACUAUCAUGCAAUGAAACUUUUCCUGAAAAAUUAGAGGACCUACAAGGAAAUCUUGGAAGCUAUGCUACUUACAAUCAGUCAGGAUAUAUUCCUUCCUUUCUCAAAAAAGAAGUGCAGUCAGCUGGCCAGAGGAUCCACUUAGCACCUCUCAAUGCAACGGCUUCAGAAUAUACCUGGAACACAAAAACUGGUCGGGGGCAGUUUUCAGGACGUACUUACAAUCCUACAGCAAAAAACCUAAAUAUUGUGAACCGUGCACAGCCCAUUCCCUCAGUGCACGGGAGGACAGACUGGGUGGCCAAGUAUGGAGGCCACCGGUAGGAGUCUGUGGUGUGAAACCCCACAGCACUGCUCCGUAGAGUACGUGCAAGUUCCUUGACCCUGGGAAAUGUCUACAGAUGUCUAUUUCUACUGAGUUCUGGAAGAAAUAUGCAAAAGUGGGUACUUGGAAGAGCAAAAAUCAUCCCCUAUUUUAUUUAUUUCCAAGAAAUGCAUUUUCUUAGAAUCAUUGCCCACAGUGUUGAUAUAUGGGUAGGAUGUUAUAAAGUAUUGAAUAAACUAUUUGCCAAAGUAUGAAGUAUUUGAUCUACAAUUUAAUAAAUAGUAAAUCCAAUAAGAACCCUUAAAAAAAAAAACUUCCAGAAAAUGUUUAGCGUGUUUUAGUUUUCAUUUGUUGUAUGUGCCCAAAUGGUUUAGUAGUUCUUCACUUUGCUGUGAUUGGCUCAAGAGGUUUGUCUUUUGUUUUUGUACAGCAGUUGGGCCAACCUCUGCUGGCUGUCAGCUGUGGUUCUUAUUUGGCUAAGGCUCUGCGCUGCCAUUUUGUCAGUGACAGAAAGAUUGCAAUUAUUUGUUUUUCUUCUUUGAAGCUAUGGGAGAGAUGGUAAGUUCA